AUGCGAUCAGUCUCUCCUGCCUCCUUCUCAGUCAGAGCGCGACUGUCAUUUUCAAAAUCCGGAAGAGGGCCGCUCCACCCGCAGCGCGAGCACUGGGCCAAUGAGGACCUUGCGUCGCUGCUCUCUUUCCCACUCCUCUGCUGUGGGAUAGCAGGGCUUCAUUUGGGCCAGGUGAACUACCCAGAGAUCCUCACCCGUGUCUUCACGAACAACCUCAAAAUUUACAGGGCCAACUCUUCUGACAACGCGGUUUCCGUCAACAAACUCUCGGAACCCAGCAAGCCGUUUGGCUGUAGCAUAAGAGGCAGAGUCGGGGUCACACAGAUUUGGACCAAGCUCGGAAUCCCAAGGGCCUCUCAGAGGACGUCCUACGUUGAGCUCGGCGGGGGUCACUCUGGUGGACUCAUGUACUGCUGA